AUGGCCCGGCACGCCUGCGCACUGAGGCCCAACAAAGGGCCGAACUAAGACGGUUCGCAAGUGAAUCUGAUGUAUUUAUGUCAUAAAAAUGGUGAAAUCUGUGAAGUGGCGAGUAGAAAUUAGGAUAUUCGACGUGUCGAACCAUGACCGGGGCAUCUGAAAAUGCCUACUUGGUGCGAGUGCGUGCGCAGGUGAUGUGCCGCGACGAGGGCACGGGCGGCUGGGUGGCGCUGGGCGGCGGCGGCCUGGCUGACGUCAUGGUCGGCCGGCGCGCCCGCCACGUCCACCGCCUCUCAGAAACUUUCCAGCGCGCCUGGAGCCUUUCAGCACAUUCUAGGACCUUUACAGCAGUUCUGGAGCCUUCCGGGACGUUGAAGAAACUUCUAAACUCUUCCAGCAGUUCGCAACAGCUUGCUGCUGAAGAUAAUGGAGCUUAUACCGAUAGAAAAAUCAAGAAAGAGGCUGCUGAUGAAGAUAACAUAGAUGCAACACGUGUAAUGGGGAUCUCGCGCAAAGAAAAAACAAAAGGUACGGGCGGCUGGGUGGCGCUGGGCGGCGGCGGCCUGGCUGACGUCAUGGUCGGCCGGCGCGCCCGCCACGUCCACCGCCUCUCAGGGCACGGGCGGCUGGGCGGCGGCGGCCUGGCCGACGUCAUGGUCGGCCGGCGCGCCCGCCACGUCCACCGCCUCUCAGCCGGAGCAGAAAAUGGCGACACAACAUCUACGCCUGCCAGCGCACCCACACACGAGUACUACAUACACGGCAAACGGAUCAGCGACAAUAUGGUGGUCCUCGAAUGCACAAUAAAGAAGGACUUCCAAUACAACAAGGUGAUGCCAACCUUCCACCACUGGGUGACCGACGAGAAACGCUUUGGGCUUACCUUUCAAACGGCUGCAGACGCGAGGGCUUUCGACAAGGGCGUCAGGACUGCUAUUGAGGAGCUGCUAGACGGUCUGGGUGGCGCGUGGCCGUCACUUCACGCGUACAAAAAACUCAACCCAGCCCCCAAAGAGGAUGACGAGGAGCAGAACAUAUUUGAGUGUCUGAACCUCCCUUCAGACUCUCGCUCCAGCUCCGAAAAUUCCACCGCCAGCCGCCGCCGGCCGGACCAGCUCACCCAGACGCCGAUACUGUCCGCCAUUACGCUGCCCACGCACCCGCGCCCAGAUCCAAAAGUCGCUAGUACCAGCUCACCCAGACGCCGAUAUCGCGCCCAGGUGAGUCCCACGCCCACUGCUGGGCUUACAUCUCCAGCAGUCGCUAGUACCAGCUCACCCAGACGCCGAUACUGUCCGCCAUUACGCUGCCCACGCACCCGCGCCCAGCUCACCCAGACGCCGAUACUGUCCGCCAUUACGUUGCCCACGCACCCGCGCCCAGACUCUUUGAAGCAGUACGAAGUGCAAUUCGACGACAAAGUGGGCGACGACUCCGAUCCUGAUCGCUGCCCCUACGUGCAUCUUUCGGCGAUCCACGACUACACAUACCCAGCCGUGAGCGCCGCGGGCGUGAUCAGCUCGGAGAAGUCUUCGCCCAACACCAAGCCGCCUCUGCUCAAGCGAGACUCUGGGUCAAUAAAGAAGAUGCGUGGGUACACCGGACCGCCGCCGCUGCCCGGCAAGAAGCCGCCGGAUACCACCUUCCAAGCCAGGAUCAAGUGCAGGCAUUGCCACGAGUGGUACUUGGAGAGCGCAAACCGCGCCGGUGCAUGCGAGUACGCGCCGGACUGCUGUAAGUCUUGCGUGGAGUGCGUCAGCUGCAUCAAGUGCGCUCAGUGCAUGCUAUACCACUGCAUGUCUGACGGCGAGGGCGAUUUCAUGCAUCCCUGCGCCUGCGGCCCUCCGGACGACGCCUGCACUAAACGCUGGAUCGGCAUCACCCUCCUAAGCCUGGUAGUGCCGUGCCUGUGGUGCUACUUGCCUCUCCGCUGCGUGCACCGCACGGCGCGCUCCGCUUCGCUCGCCGGCGGGCUCCACGCGCCCAUUAACUAGCGGAGAGCCGGCCC